AGUCUUUGGCCCGACGGUUGCCCGCUUAAAGCAGCAUGACGAUGCUUUGGAUGAUACCCUCGCAGCUCCUGCGUGGGCUGGUGGGCUUCACCGGCCCUGACUCCUCCCAGAGCAUCGCGCUGGUGAACUUGAUCCUCAGCGGCCUGGUGGUGGUGCUCCUACUCCUGGCGCUGCCCUGGCGCCGGAUGCGUUGGCCGGUCCCAAUGCCCUGGGACAUCUUCCGCAGGGUUUCGUAUGCCAAUCUUCGAAUGGUUUGCCCCGAAGUUUACGCCAUGGACAGCGUUGUCCUGGAAGUUACUCAGCUGGAGCCGUCAAAGUUCGGAAAUGUGAAAAGCGAGGACGCCACCUUGCCAUUGCAAGAUCUCUUAGAAUGGGCAGUAGCGCAUCCAUACACAGGCUACAAGGGUGGCAUUGCCCGCUUGGUGGGCAAGCUCUUGUGGCUGGACUCUGAGAACCCGGAUUUGACUUCAGAGAUCGCAGGCUUCAACGACAUUGAUCUCAUCUACUUCCUCCAGGAUGGCGAGGAGCACAAGAAGGAUGAGAUGAAAGCUCUCGUGGAUCAGGGUUUGACGAUCGGAGGUAUUCCAGUCGAGGCUCAGGAUGUCGAGUACAGCUAUGACACCGUGGGAAACAUUCUGGCCACGCGGGACCUGACGCAAAACCAGUGCAUAGUUGUGUCGGAUGGUGACGGAAAGGUCUUCCUGAUCAAUGCCAAGAUCUGUCGUGAGCACAUGCUGCGGAGCAUGACGGGCCCGGCGACGGCCUCCGAGGUCAGCACUUUAGACGAUCGCGGCAAUGUGAUCGCUCGCCCCAGAGUGGUUGGCCGGGCCUUGGUCCAGUGGAUGAAAGGCCGCGCACGCCACAUCGAGCUCUCCCAGCACACCACCAGCUUCUACAAGCAACAGAAGCUUCCCAAGAUGACGAUGUUUCAGAUAUUCGCCAAGGCGAAAGGGAAUGAGAUGUACAUGAAGGUCUACACCGAGCUGGUCCGCCUCGGCUUUGUGGAAAAGCAGCAGUACCCGCAUGUGCUUUGGGGUGAGUGCUAUGCUCACGUGAACUCUUUGAUUGCCAGGCAUGGCUAUCGCUUGGAGCUUGAAAGCGAGUUGAAUUCUGAAGCAGUUGAGCGGUGGAAGGAGGCCAAGUAUGCUGAGCAGUUGUCGCGAACUCGCGUGAGCGCAUUUCGGGACUUUCGCUUCCAUCACUUGGUUCUGGAUGAAAGUUUCCUCGUGCCAUACAGCCUGGCUGAUACUGCCCUUACACAUAGUCUCAAAAUGCACACCACAGGAGCAGACAGCUCCGAGCACCCGUCCCACGCACACCUGGCCCACCUCCGGCAAAUCCGGAGCAGCGCGGCGAUGCACGUGGAGGGUGGCUCCAUCAUCAGCCUCACGGGCUUCGAGCAGACCCAGGUGGGCCGCACCUUCGAGAUGGGCGGCAGCGAGGAUGAGGGCAGCCGCACCCGGACUUUGCGCCGGGCGGCCUUCCAGAGCUCCAAGACGCGGGCGCGGCGCGUCGUCGAGCGCAUCCUGACCUCUGGGGGCGCCUUCAUGGAGCAGGACGACGAGCUGCCCGACACUGCCGACCCUCUGCUGGCGCAGAGCCUCUUUGGCAAGCUCACCUUCACGGAAGCCUUUCUGCAGCUGCUGCGAAUCGGCAAGCUGGCAUGGAAAGGCUUUUUGGCGGCCUUUCUGGUGAAUUGCGUGGCUGCUGUGCUGUAUAUCCUCGUCAUAAACCACUUGUUGGGCCCAUUUUGGCUUCUUGCUGCUGCGGCUACCAGCCUUCUUGGAGCAUGGCUGUUCAUCCGAUCUGCCAAUGACGCAAUGCUGAAUGUGUUGACAGCGAUGUACCUGGCUUUGCUGAACAUCAAAACCGAAGCAUUCACUACGAGGAUGUUCUCAGAAGUGUGGAGCAGACUGGUAGGAGACACCCGGGCGCUUCAGGGCGUUCUGGAGGCGUGCAAUGACUUGAGCAUCGAGUCGCUGACUGUUCUCGGAACCUUGUUCGCCAUCCUUGGCCUGGCGGCUUCAGCACCAAGCUGUGACAGCAAGCCCGUGUGGAACGCUCUCUUCGUCGCCUUCUCUGCAGGCGCCCUCAUGGCGGCCAUGUCUCUCCUGGCCUGCUUCAGCCUGAGAAGCAACUCGAGGCUCACACGCAGCAUGAUCGGAUACAUGUACGCAGACAUGUUCAGCACCCUCAGCAACUUCUUCGAGGUGAAGUCCAUGGCCGAGAAGUUCGCCUCUGCCAAGGCCACCUAUGAGGAGAUCCAAGACGCCAACCUGGAGCAGCGCAAGAAGCUGACCUUAAUCCAUCAGCUCAUGCAGAUCUUCCUCAGGUACACGGAGCUGGCCUGCAUCAUGCUGGCCGUCUACAAGCUCUUCCACACCACGACGGCCGGAACUUCGGCCGAGUGCCUUCACAGCUACUCCGUCUUUGCUGUGUCUGUUCCCAUCCUGCUCAGCGCCAUACGGCGUGCCUGUGAGGCGCUGCUGCAGCUGUCCUCCUCGAUCGGUUCCUUAGAGCGGCUGUUCCUGCUAUCCAGGGCGUUACUGCGCAUGGCGACUCCACGCUUCGAUGGCAUCAACCAGCUCUCUGGCGACGUUGUCCUGGAAAUUCCGCAUGAGUUUACCUACUGCCUUGGUUCCGCGCAGUUUGGUCCUUUCGCGAAGAUUCCUGCUCUCGCUGCGGCAAAGACCGGGCAGCUGAACGUCAUGGCCAUGCCACGCAGUUCUGGAGCAACAACAUUUGCAAAGCUUCUGCUGCGGAUGCAUGACGCUCCAGCCAAGAUCAAGCUGAAUGGCGAGCACGUGGAGCACUAUGAGCUGGAAACCAUCAACUUCUCCGUGCACAUCAUCGACCACGCGCCUUUGCCCUGCAGUGUGGCGCGCACGCCGGGCCAGGGCAGCUCCAUCGGAGAGUACGUGCAGAUGGGCUUGGACGACAUGGGCAUGCCGCUACAGCCGUGUCUGGAACAGGCGGGCAUCUGGAGCAAGGUGGUGAACCUGCCCAACGGAAUUGAAAGCACGGACUGGGCGUCCAACAUGUCCAAGCCUGAGGCGCUCCGAGUUCAGCUUGCACAAGCCAUCUUCCGGAUCUCGCUUGGAGCCGUUAGGCUGCUAUUGAUUAUUGACCCGCUGCGGAACUGCAACGAAUGCGAGUUGGAGUCCGCGCGGAUGACGUGGACGAAAGCUCUCGAACCCUUGAAGAGCCGGGUCCUUGUUUUGAUUGUUGAUCAGACCGGCGAUCCUCGCCAGUGGACGCUGUAAGUCUUCCCUGCUGGGUUCGCAGAACCUGUGCCAGAGAGGUUGUGCGGACCUGGCGUCAGCGCCGAGAAAUGUCUCACCGAAGGCAACGAAGUGCAGAUGCCUUCAGGGUGCCGAUUCAAGAAUCGCUUAACUCG